AAUGGGGCCGCGGCGGGAGAUUUGAAAGGGCCUCAGCGGGGCCGGGCCGGGCCGGGCUGGUUCGGUUGUUUGGCCGCGGCCAGGAAGGUGGCUGUGCUCGGACUCCGGCCCUGUUUCCUUUGUCUGCCCAGCUCUCCUCCCCCUUUCCCACCCAGGAUGGCCCAGAAAGAGAACGCCUACCCCUGGCCCUACAGCCGGCAGAUGACUCAGCCUGGCCUGAACACCCUGCCCCAGAGAGUCCUCCGGAAGGAGCCUGCCACCCCGCCUGGACCUGUCCUCAUGAGCCGCUCCAACGCCCAGCUCGCAGCUGCCGCUGGCCAGAAGGCGGUGGAGAACAGCACUGGGACCUCCAACUUGUCACUCAGGCGAUCCUUCACCAUCGACGACUUUGAGAUUGGGCGACCUCUGGGCAAAGGCAAGUUUGGCAACGUGUACUUGGCUCGGGAGAAGAAGAGCCAGUUCAUCGUGGCCCUCAAGGUCCUCUUCAAGUCUCAGAUAGAAAAGGAGGGCGUGGAGCACCAGCUUCGCAGGGAGAUCGAAAUCCAGGCCCAUCUGCAGCAUCCCAACAUCUUGCGUCUCUACAACUAUUUCUACGACCGCCGCAGGAUAUACUUGAUUCUGGAGUACGCCCCCCGCGGGGAGCUCUACAAGGAGCUGCAGAAGAGCCGCACAUUCGACCAGCAGCGGACAGCCACGAUCAUGGAGGAGCUGGCUGACGCUCUGAUCUACUGCCACGGGAAGAAAGUGAUUCACAGAGACAUAAAGCCGGAGAAUCUACUCUUGGGGCUCCAGGGGGAGCUGAAGAUCGCUGACUUUGGCUGGUCUGUGCAUGCCCCCUCCCUGAGGAGGAAGACGAUGUGCGGCACCCUGGAUUACCUGCCCCCGGAAAUGAUUGAAGGGCGCACGCACAACGAGAAGGUGGACCUGUGGUGCAUCGGGGUGCUCUGCUAUGAGCUGCUGGUGGGGAACCCGCCCUUCGAGAGCGCUUCGCACAAUGAGACCUAUCGGCGCAUCGUCAAGGUGGACUUGAAGUUCCCCCCAUCCGUGCCCACGGGGGCCCAGGACCUCAUCUCCAAGCUGCUGAAGCAUAACCCCUCCGACCGGCUGCCGCUGGCCCAGGUCGCAGCCCAUCCUUGGGUCCGGGCCCACUCUCGGAGGGUGCUGCCUCCCUCUGCCCUUCAGUCUGUCUCGUGACUUGUCCCUGUCACUCACUCGGUCCUGUCUGUCUGUCUGUCUGCCUGUAUGUAUAUUUGGAAGGAGGGUAGCUGGCCUGUUCCUCUGUCUUCUACCUCCUUUUUAUUUAAUAAAGGCUGAAGCUUUUUAUACGGAGGA